UGCUGUGAGGAGAGUGGGGCUCAGUGUGACCAGGCAGAGGCCAGUGUUGCAGGCAAGCAGGCGCUGGGGAGAGUGUUGAGCCGUAGAUACGUGCCCAGGGUGGAUAAACCAUGCUCACUAAGUGGGAGAAAGACUCUGCCCAGGACACAAGAUGAAGGUGGAGAGGAAGCCCUCCUCUUCAGACGAUAGUUUCACAGACAUUCCUCCACUGCUGACGCUCCUUGGCCUCCUCCUCCUUCUCUUCACAGGUGAGGUGUCCGGGGUGAAUGUGACCAGCCAGGCACAGCUGGUGAGAGGCACAGUGGGCAGAGAGGCCCUGCUGUCAGUCAGCUACUCCAGCAGCAGCUCCGACAAGCCUGUCAUCAAGUGGCAGCUGAAGAGGGACAAGGUGAAGCCUGUCACCGUCGUGCAGUCCAUCGGAACAGACAUCAUAGGGAACCUGAGGCCGGAGUACCGCAACCGCAUCCUGGUGUUUGAGAAUGGGUCCCUGCUGCUGCACAACCUGCAGCUGUCAGAUGAAGGGUCCUACGAAGUGGAGAUCUCCAUCACGGACGACACGUUCACCGGAGAGCACUACAUCGAGCUCACGGUUGAUGUGCCAGUGUCCAAGCCUUACAUUCAGAUGAUGGCCUCUUCAGUGCUGGAGUACAGCGAGCACUUCAACCUGCACUGCUCCCACGAUAACGGCACAAAGCCCGUGUACAGCUGGCUGAAAGGAGGCAAGGUGCUGACCAACGACACGCGCCUGCUGCUGUCGCACGACCAGAAGGUGCUGACCAUCUCGCGCGUUCUGAUGUCGGACGACGACGUCUACACCUGCACGGUGGAGAACCCCAUCAGCAGCGUGAAGAGCAUCCCCGUGAGGCUCACCGUCUACAGACGGAGCUCGCUAUACAUCAUCCUGUCCACCGGGGGCAUAUUUCUCCUCAUCACCCUGGUGACUGUGUGUGCUUGUUGGAAACCAUCCAAAAAGAAACACCGACCAGUCCCCCAAAGAGCUCCUGUCUAUGUGGAACAAAGUGACAAUGGCCAUGAUGUCGACGUUGUGCCCAAACCAACCACGCUUGGUCGAAGGAGUCCUAUGCCUCUUUAUGUUCUCAAUGAAGAUGAAACUCUGGAGCGUUUGGAAGAAUGUUCUGGCAGUGCUGUCAGCCAAUCAGAAUUGAGUGUCCCAGCUACCUACGCUCCCGUCCUUCCUCCUACCUCCAACAGAACUGACCGGCCUAUCUGGUCUGCCCCCCGCAGGUACCCCCGCAGCCCCUCUCCCCUGGCACAGCCUCUCCCGCAGCCCCUCCCGGGCCCCCCCUCCCUGCGGCCCAUCCGCUCCCCGGCUCACUCCCCGGGCUCGUCCCCUCGCAGUUUCAGCCCCAUCAGAAAGGUGCGGCCUCCAGUAGGCAUCCCGAUCAGCCACCUGCCUGUGGAGGCAGAGAGCCUCGAUCCCAGCGAGACUCAGACUCACUGUCCGCCACAGCACUGACGUCCGCCUCCGUGGACGUCUUCAUAGUUUUGUUGGUCUUCUGUUGCAUCCAGCAAUGGGUGCAAGAUGCUAGAGUAAAAGGUGAAAUCACUUAAAGCUAACGUAAUGUCUUCAUAUUCCACUAUUUAUCAUCUAUUUCUCUACGGCUAUGCACAAUAUUCCCACCUUUUCCUCUCAAAAGGAGUUAUAUCAUGUCCAUCAACAUGUAAAUGAUAUAUAAAUAUAUGCAAAUUAUCAAGUAUAUGAUGAUGAGGCAGUCAAGAGUUCUGAUAUAUUUCUGAUAUAUGCACUGGAAAAGUGCCUGUAUAUAUGUAAGUUAAUAGUUUUCAAGGGUUGGCUGUUAUUGUUUUACUGUUGUCUUUCAAGUAAUUAAACCACACACUGAAUCCUUGUUCCACAUUAGGUCACUGUAUAACCCAAGUUAAUAAAACAAUUUUUAUAGUU